ACAAAAACUUCUUGUAUCCCCAGUGUCUAGCUCAGAGCCCGGUGAGUAGUAGGCACUCAGUACAUAUUUGUUGAGUGAAUGGAUGAAUGAAUGAGUGAAUGAUUGAACAGGAGCCUGAGCUCCUGUGGGAAGUGAGCCAGAAUCCUGGAGGCUUCAUUUCCCACUUUCCUUCAUCUGACUCCUUUUCUCAGACGUGCUAAAGUAUCACAUGGGACCCUCUGACUUGAACCACCUCCAAGUCCUGGAGAGAGGGGAGGUGGUGUUCCCCCAAGACAAACUCAAGGCUUCUGGGGUGCCUAGAGUUGCUCCUGAAACUUGGUCUUGCCCUCUGGCCCCUUGAGAAGUGGCCCAGAUAGUCGGACACCCUUGUGCCCCUGUCUCGACACCUCUCAGCAAUGACCUUAUAGGUGUCUGCCACGCAAAGAGAGGAAGGAAAGGGAGCUUGGGUCUCAGGAAGGAGAAAGGAAGGAGUGAGACGACUUUGAGGCAAGUAGCGGGGGAGUUUCAACAGAGAAGCCCAGAUUUCACUAGCCAAAGCAAAAUGAAUAGGACCGGAGGCGAGGGAGGAAGUGGCUGAGGUUGGGUAACUGGGGAGUUUCUUAUUAUUACAGUCUAUUAAAAUAGGACACUUGAGAACAGGGGACCUCCUGUUUGAAGCUUGACUGCCCACCAGAAAGCACUGCUCUUUGAGUGAGCUGGACUUCUUCCCCUGGAGAGAGAACUGAAGGCUGACAGACUCCACCCCCCUUCAGCCUGCAUCAUGUGGAACAACUCUGAUGCCAACUUCUCCUGCUACCACGAGUCUGUGCUAGGCUAUCGUUACGUUGCAGUUAGCUGGGGGGUGGUGGUGGCUGUGACAGGCACCGUGGGCAACGUGCUCACCCUGCUGGCCUUGGCCAUCCAGCCCAAGCUGCGUACCUGCUUCAACCUGCUCAUCGCCAAUCUCACAGUGGCCGAUCUCCUCUACUGCACCCUUCUCCAGCCCUUCUCGGUGGACACCUACCUCCACCUGUACUGGCGCACCGGCACUACCUUCUGCAGAGUCUUUGGGCUCCUCCUCUUUGCAUCCAACUCUGUCUCCAUCCUCACCCUCUGCCUUAUAGCCCUGGGACGUUACCUCCUCAUUGCCCACCCUAAGCUCUUUCCCAAAGUUUUCAGUGCCAAGGGGACAGUGCUGGCACUGGUGGGCACCUGGGUGGUGGGUGUGGCCAGCUUUGCCCCUCUCUGGCCCAUCUAUAUCUUGGUGCCCGUAGUUUGCACCUGCAGCUUUGACCGCAAGCGAGGCCGGCCCUACACCACCAUCCUCAUGGGCAUCUACUUUGUGCUUGGGCUCAGCAGCAUCGGCAUCUUCUACUGCCUCAUCCACCGCCAGGUGAAGCGAGCAGCACAGGCUCUGGACCAGUACAAGCUGCGCCAGGCAAGCAUCCGCUCCAACCAUGUGGCUGGGACAGAUUACCCCAUUCCUGGUCGUUUCCAAGAGCUGGACAGCGGGCUGGCAUCAGGAGGGCCCAGCGAAAGAAUUUCUUCUGAGCCAGUCAGUGCUGCCACUACCCUGGAAGGGGACUCCUCAGAAGUGGGGGACCAGAGCACCAGCAAGGUAGCUAAGCAGAAGGCAGAGAAAAGCUCUCCAAGAGCACCUGCCAAGGCCAGGCCAACUAAAGGAGCCCAGAGAGCUCAGGACUCGCCAUCAGACUUUGGGAAGGUGACUCAGAUGUGUUUUGCUGUGUUCCUUUGCUUUGCCCUGAGCUACAUCCCUUUCUUAGUGCUCAACAUCCUGGAUGCCAACACCCAGGCCCCCCGGGUUGUCCAUAUGCUUGCUGCCAACCUCACUUGGCUCAAUGGUUGCAUCAACCCUGUGCUCUAUGCAGCCAUGAACCGCCAGUUCCGCCAAGCCUAUGGCUCCCUCCUAAAAAGAGGGCCCCAGAGUUUCCGUCGGUUCCAUUAGAACUGUGUCCCCAGUCACCAGAAUCUGGGACUGUCUCCUCCAGAACUCAAGCAGCCAGCUCUUGUGGGAGUACAUGAAAUGUCUGUGGACAUUUUUACAGACAACCUUCCAGUAACCCCCAAACCAGGCAUCUCCAUCCCCUGCUCAAUGUUUUAGCCUUAGGCUGCCCAAGGCGCAUUACUAAUUAUUAAUAAAUGAAUUUCCUCCUUUUAAUGCUCA